AUGAAGUUUUCUGGGAGCCUUUUAUCGAUCGUCUUCUUGUCAUUCCUGGCCGUUGCCAAUGGAGAUUACUUCGAGUAAGUUAAUUCUAAUAAUAGUGGCUGAAUGUCUAGUAGUUGCAAAGUAAUUUUUAUAAUGAUAUGGUUUUAGAAAUAAAUGCAGUCAGUUUGUACUUAGUCACCAAACGCGCAUAGAGAAGGUGCUCAAUGACACUGUAAAACGGCAUGAAGCCAUCAAACAGACCGCGAAGGAUCUUAACAAAUUUGUAGGUUAAUCAUGCAUCAGUUUCUUAUGUUUUCGCGUUGACUUUGUACUUCAUUGGAAAAAAAAUUGUAAAAAUAAGGCUUGACAACAAGCCUUAUUCUCGCACAGUAUUGUAAUAUGAAAUUCUGACAUAACCUAAGAUUUCAGGCUAGGAAGCAACAUUUACGUUAUCGGUUGAAAGCAAAGAUCUCCGACUGUUUGCGUAGACAGGAAGAGACGAACGACUUGAUAAUGACCGGCGUCAAAUGCUGCAAUGCCAGCGGUUCCACAAGAUACGGCAAUCAAUUCCACAACAAUAUUCUCAUCCUUCUUGGAUUCUUUGCAUUCUGUUUUCUAUUUCGUUACUGA